CUUCUGCCAACCAUGGUUUAACCACAGGUUAUGAUGAAUUCUAUGAAAAUUCCUUCCAAAAGAAGCACUUUGGAGAAGAAACUUGACAAACUUAUUAUCGCGCUUUUUAGUGCUCUCCUGUGCAUGUGUUUCUUGGGAGCCAUAGGCAGUGGUAUCUUCAUAAAUGAGAAGUACUAUUAUUUGCAGUUUGGAAGUAGCAAAAAUUCAGACCCACAAUCCAACCCUGACAAUAGAUUUGUGGUUGCAGUUUUGACCAUGUUCACCUUAAUCACUCUCUAUUCACCGAUUAUUCCGAUCUCUCUCUAUGUCUCCGUUGAGAUGAUUAAAUUUAUACAGUCCAAUAAGUUUAUCAACAACGACUUGCACAUGUACCAUGCUGAGAGCAACACCCCUGCACAGGCUAGGACAUCUAAUUUGAACGAGGAACUUGGUCAGGUGGAAUACAUAUUUUCUGACAAAACUGGAACUCUUACGAGGAAUUUGAUGGAGUUUUUUAAGUGUUCAAUCGGUGGAGAGAUAUAUGGCACUGGUGUUAGUGAAAUUGAGAUGGGAACUGCUCAGCGAAUUGGGCUGAAAGUUGAGGUUAAGAAAUCAUCAACUGAAGCACGAGAGAAAGGUUUCAAUUUUGAUGAUGCUCGACUGAUGCGAGGUGCCUGGAGAAAUGAGCCUAAUCCUGAUUCAUGCAGGGAAUUUUUCAGAUGCCUUGCUAUAUGCCAUACCGUGCUGCCUGAAGGAGAAGAGACCCCAGAAAAAAUACGAUAUCAAGCAGCAUCCCCAGAUGAGUCUGCUUUGGUUGUAGCAGCAAAAAACUUUGGCUUCUUCUUUUACAAACGUACACCAACUAUGAUUUAUGUGCGCGAGUCACAUGUUGAGAAGAUGGGGAAGAUUCAAGAUGUUCCCUAUGAGAUUCUAAAUGUUCUCGAAUUCAACAGUACGAGAAAGCGCCAGUCUGUUGUAUGUCGUUAUCCUGAAGGCAGAUUGGUUCUCUACUGUAAGGGUGCAGAUAAUGUAAUUUAUGAGAGGUUGCAAGAUGGAGACAAUGAUUUGAGGAAAAGAACUAGGGAACACUUGGAGCAAUUUGGGGCUGCUGGACUUCGGACACUUUGCUUGGCUUAUAGAGAUUUAACCCCUGAUAUGUAUGAAAAAUGGAAUGAGAAAUUCAUUCAAGCAAAAUCUUCUCUCCGAGACCGUGAGAAGAAAUUGGAUGAGGUGGCAGAACUGAUAGAAAAGGAUCUUGUCUUGAUUGGAUGCACUGCUAUAGAAGAUAAGCUUCAAGAAGGUGUACCUGAGUGCAUAGAGACACUUUCAAGGGCUGGAAUUAAGAUUUGGGUGCUCACUGGUGACAAAUUGGAAACAGCAAUAAAUAUAGCUUAUGCGUGCAAGUUGAUAAAUAACAGCAUGAAACAAUUUAUCAUUAGUUCAGAAACUGAUGCAAUCAGAGAAGUGGAAGAUAGAGGUGAUCAGGUGGCGCUUGCUCGUUUUAUGCAAGAAACAGUGCAGAACGAACUAAAAAGAUGUUACGAGGAAGCGCAAGAGCAUCUUCGUUCUGUAUCUGGACCAAAAUUAGCACUAAUAAUUGAUGGGAAGUGUUUGAUGUAUGCAUUAGACCCGAGUCUUCGUGUAAUGCUGUUGAAUUUAAGUUUGAAUUGCAGUUCAGUGGUUUGCUGCCGUGUUUCUCCUUUGCAGAAAGCACAGGUGACAAGCUUGGUUAGGAAGGGGGCAAACAGAAUAACUCUCAGCAUUGGUGAUGGAGCUAAUGAUGUGAGUAUGAUUCAAGCUGCUCAUGUUGGUGUUGGAAUAAGUGGACAGGAGGGAAUGCAAGCAGUUAUGGCUAGCGAUUUUGCAGUAGCUCAGUUCCGUUUUCUCGCUGACUUACUGCUUGUCCAUGGACGCUGGUCAUAUCUGAGAAUAUGCAAGGUCGUCACAUAUUUCUACUACAAGAAUCUGACAUUUACCCUGACUCAGUUUUGGUUUACCUUCCGGACUGGAUUCUCCGGUCAAAGGUUCUAUGAUGAUUGGUUCCAGUCUCUUUAUAAUGUGAUGUUCACAGCUCUCCCUGUUAUUGUUCUUGGGCUUUUUGAGAAGGAUGUCAGUGCUUCCCUCUCCAAAAAAUAUCCUGAGUUAUACAAGGAAGGAAUAAGAAAUACUUUCUUCAAAUGGAGAGUUGUGGUUAUCUGGGCUUUCUUUGCAAUAUAUCAAUCAUUGGUGCUGUAUUAUUUUGUAAUUGCUUCGAGUACGAAGGGCAUGAAUUCAUCUGGCAAGAUGUUUGGCCUGUGGGAUGUUAGUACGAUGGCUUUCACUUGUGUUGUUGUAACUGUCAAUUUGCGUCUGCUUAUGAUGUGCAACACAAUUACAAGAUGGCAUCACAUUACCGUUGGAGGGAGCAUAUUAUUGUGGUUCAUCUUUGUCUUUAUUUAUUCGGGUAUUUCCUUGCCAAAAGAGCAGAAGAAUAUCUAUUUGGUUAUCUAUGUCUUGAUGAGCACAUUUUAUUUCUACCUCGUUCUGCUUCUCGUACCUGUUGCUGCUCUUUUUGGCGAUUUCAUUUAUCAGGGGAUUCAAAGAUGGUUCUUCCCUUAUGAUUAUCAGAUUGUUCAGGAAAUCCACAGGCAUGAGAUCGACAGUAGGAUGGGGUUACUGGAGAUUGGAAAUGAGCUUACACCAGAAGAAGAAAGGAGCUAUGCAAUAAGGCAACUGCCGGGACAGAAAUCAAAACACACUGGUUUUGCCUUUGAUUCACCCGGCUACGAGUCAUUUUUUGCAUCUCAGGCUGGCGUCUCAAUCCCCCAAAAGGCAUGGGAUGUAGCUCGGAGAGCAAGUAUGAAACCACGGUCAAAGAUGCCUCGGGAUAACUGACGUCCAGAUUGUACAAUUUUUCUUCCCUUUACACUGGACUUCUCUUUUGACUUCGUCAAUUUAGCUAAUACGUAGAAUUAGCUGUGUAAUAUAUCUCGUUAUGUAGUCUUAUUCUUUUGCCACCUUCCUCGCCCCCUUAUGAUUGUUUGUGUUAUAGUUAUAAUUAGGUUUAGCGAGCAUUGUAGCUAAUUUAGUUCAGAAGAAAACGAUACGGAUGUAACACUAUCUGGAAGUGGGAGCAACUAACAGUUAAGCUUGUAUCUGUUUAUUGAUAGUUGGAUAUUCCCAAGGAACAUGAUUAAUAGAUCAGUCUUUUUGCAGUGGUAA